AUGGCGAUGAAUGAAGAAGGAGGAUAUCUAGGUGCGAUGACAUAUCAAUGCUUGUACAGCGGCGUAUUGGAUCGUGUUGUCCAAAAUCGUCGAAAUGACGAUAGUGCUGUUCAUGUGAUUCAACGGUUGCGGAGUACUUUGAGACAGGCUGAUGUUUCUUCGCCAUCCUUUCUGUUCGACUUCACGAAAGUCUUGCUGAUUGACUCAGAGUUGAAUAUUAAUCUGCAAGAAGCUUUUCUGCGGAGGCAGGCAACUGCACCAACAGAGGAUUUGGAAUUACCAAAUCUACAUCAAAAAGAAUAUCAAGAAUUGUCGUUAAGGGCAGUUGCUCUGCGGCGAGUUCUAGCUCGUGUACCUGAAGAAAUGUCCGAUCGACGGACUUUUCUGGAAACAAUAAAGGAGAUAGCAUCAUCUAUUAAGAAACUUUUAGAUGCUACAAAUGCAGUAAUGCAAGUGAUCCAUCCGAGCGUUCAACUUUCAGUUGAGAAGCGAAAACGGGAAUUUGUCCAUUAUUCAAAACGCUUCAGCAAUACAUUAAAAGAGUAUUUCAAAGAUCAAAACGCAACUCAGGUUUCGAUUUCGGCUAACCAGUUGAUUUUCCAGACAGCUUUGUUAAUUAGGACUAUAAGAGAGAAAAUGCGAAAGGUUGGUUCUUGA